AUGCUCGACGACGCGUCAGUCCAGCGGGAUGACAUGGGCCACAGUUCCGCGCAUUCCGCUCCGCCCAAUCGUGGGCCAAUCCAAGAGCGCGGUUCCCCUACAACGGCUGCACCGCCAUACCGACGAAAUUACGCCUCUAUCUGCAUGUGGCUUGGCCUAUCAAGCUUCUCUGAGCAUGCAACCAGCCAGCACUGCAGCAGCAACGAUACCAGGAUGAACGCAUAUCUACAACGAGCAGAUGACUUCAUCCAACAGCAAAUAUACAAAUUCGAGCAAAAGCGACAGGGCCGAGAUUAUGCGGAGAUGCACAGCUCUCCAAAACACAACCAGCAACGACCCCCACGUGCGCAAACAUUCAACAAUGCUCCACAGCAAGGUCCGCCUGCCCCAAGAGGCUGGUCUCAGGAAUAUGAUCCCCAAUCUCAACGCUGGUACUACAUAGAACGAAGUACUGGACGCGCGCAGUGGGACCCUCCGUCAUUUUCCCAAAAUCGGCGCCGUCAUCGCCAUACCCUCAGUGAACACCAGCAAUCAUAUGCCGACACGAGCAGAGAUGAGGAGAUGGCGCGAAGGAUGCAGGAUGAGGAAGCAAGAGCACGGAGUCGUCAUAGGGCAAGCUCACACAUGUCCCGUCCAAAUUCCGGCAGCUUGGACAUACCGCAACAACAUCAACGCCCACUUUCCACUUCGCCACACCCAGGUCCGAACGGUAGACUACCACCAGGCACGCAUUUGGAUAUGAGGACUGGACAAGUGGUGACGAACAUGUUCCCUCCAGAUCACCCAAUGAAUGCGCAGUGAUCAUGUUCAGGGAUUGCGAUAUGUUCACGAAGAUCUUUCACGGAGCAAUUUAGCUUCUGUUUCCUAUGUAAUUAUUCCCCCUUGAGCGCUAUUCGUAGGUGUCUCUGCUUGUCAAUAAGCUUAUCAAUAAUACAACCCUACGACCUUCCAUAACGAU